AUGGGCAAACCUUUUGCCGAAGCCAUAAAGAUCGGAGAAAUGGUAGAAAAUGGCUUGAAAACUGGACACAUCAUAAGUCAAUAUACUUUAAGAGCCACUUCCCAAGCUAUCCAGAACAGCUCGGGAGGUUUAGCAAAUCGGAAGAACAGGGAAGAAGGAGCCACGAUGGCUUCAAGUUCGAGAAACCCUCAUCGAUCCGAUGUUUAUUCUUGCCCGCCUUCCAGAACCCCGCAACACUACUACCCUCACCAAGAUGCAGCAUACGCCGUGACACCGCCUCCCUAUGCGCAUAAUACACGCCCCCGUGAUCCUCCCGAGAAAAGCGGUUUCGCCCCUAUUGGUGAGUCUUACUCUAGCCUGUUUCUGAAGUUAGUCCAGAUGGACCUAUUGCAACCUGUGCCUCCAAACCGGCAAAAUCUAGAGUCUCCAUCAUAUCGGCCCGACACUAGGUGUGCCUAUCAAUCAGGGGCAGAGGGACAUGACACGGAGAAUUGUUGGACUCUGAAGAGGGCAGUUGAGAAUUUGAUAGAACAGAAGCGAGUGGUACCGAGGGACGAGGAAGUCCCCAAUAAAGCCAUCAUCGCCAUUGUUGAUUCAGAGGCAAGACCUAAAGCGGUGGCAAAACAGGCCAGAAAUGAGAAGAAGAAAAUCACUCCAACUCCUCAAGUUGCAAAAAAAGCUGUGGAAACAAAAGCUGGGGCAACACCUGCUAAGGAUGCAAUUCUUUAUGUUCCCUGUGCCCCAAGGAAAAAGAAGCUCAUGUUCAACGCUACCAAAAGAUUGGAGCAAAAGAAAGUCGUACUGAAUGUGCCAAAAUUGUAUGUACCAAAAGGGACCUAUGUGGCGCGAGGGCCGGUAAUUUCACCAAGGCUGACUGAGCCAAUGGUUAUCAGCCGCGCACCACAGAGCCCUAUGAGAGACCCCAUUGCAGUCCCCUGGAAUUACAGCAAAACAGUGGUUACUUACAAGGGGAAAGAGAUUAUGGGGGAAGUGAAUGAAAUGAACCUAUCUGGGAAGUACCACAACCCGGAGGAGCUAAAGAGAUCAAAACUGAACAAGGAGAAAUGGUUUCCACCCAAAAAGUCUGUUAGUUCUGAAGAGGCAGAACAGUUCUUCCGAAAAAUGAAAACUUCGGAAUAUGCCAUAAUUGACCAGCUCCGAAAGACUCCUUCCAAGAUUAUGCUUUUAUCCCUGGUUUUGAGCUCAAAUGAACAUCAGAAGGUACUUUUGAAAACAUUGAACGAGGCAUACAUCUCGGUUGAAACUUCAGUCGAACAAUUGGAAAGAAUGGCUGAACGUUUCUUCAAAGUCAAUAGGAUUUCUUUCAACCGUGAUGACUUGCCCCCAGAAGGAGCCUCACAACAAAGCCCUUCACUUGACUGUCAAAUGUGA